CCGACAUUUCCUUAUAUAUAUGACCAUCGGGAAAGCAAUCUGGAAAUCAAUUUACAGUUCUUGUUUGGGCUGGGAUUCCACUUCAUUCAAUCGUAAAGCUGUACGUGAGAGAGUGAGCGGCGAUGAGUACAGUAGCGGUGAUCGGAGGUGGGAUCAAAGGUCUUGUUUCGGCCUACGUGUUGGCCAAAGACGGCGUUUCCGUGGUGGUUUACGACAGUGAAGACCGAUUAGGCGGCCAUGCAAAGACCGUCAACUUCGAUGCCGUCGAUCUAGACCUCGGCUUCGUAUUCCUUAAUCCAGCGAGAUAUGCAACACUGUUAGAGAUGUUCGAUAGCCUUGGAGUUGAUGUGGAGACAUCCGAUGUUUCCUUCUCGGUUAGCCAUGACAAAGGCGAUGGCUACGAGUGGUGCAGCCAAUAUGGCUUUUCAAACUACUUUGCUCAAAAGAAGAAGCUGUUGAAUCCUUUCAACUGGCAGAACCUCAGAGAGAUCAUCAAAUUCGGGAACGACGUCGAGAGCUACCUUGGAUCAGUUGAGAACAACCCUGACAUUGAUCGUAAUGAAACCUUGGGAGAGUUUAUUAAGUCAAAGGGCUACUCUGAAAAUUUUCAGGACACUUUUCUAGCUCCCAUAUGUGGAUCAAUGUGGUCAAGCUCCAAGGAAGAUGUUAUGAAGUUUUCAGCCUUCUCUGUUCUUUCGUUUUGUCGUACUCACCAUCUAUACCAGCAAUUUGGGCAGCCUCAGUGGUUGACUAUCAAAGGGAACUCACAUUUUGUUAAAAGGGUCAGAGAAGUGCUGGAGACUAAAGGGUGUCAAUUUAAACUUGGUUCUGAAGUAGAAUCUGUUUUGCCUGCCGAUAAAGGUACCACCGUGGUGUGUGGAGAUGAUUCCGAAGAAACUUACAGUGGAUGCAUAAUGGCUGUUGAUGCUCCCACGGCCCUGAGAAUAUUAGGAAAACAAGCAACAUUCGAAGAAACAAGAGUAUUGGGUGCAGUCCAAUAUGCUUCCAUUGAUAUGUACCUUCACCAGGACAGCAGUUUAAUGCCACAAAACAAAUCAGCUUGGGGUGCACUGAAUUUUCUCAAUACUAGAGAAAAUAAAGCAAGCUUAACAUAUUGGCUUGAUGCACUGCAGAAAAUUGAGAAAACAAGUCAGCCAUUUUUUGUGACAGUCAAUCCAGACCAUACCCCAAAGAAAACCUUACUUAAGUGGUCAACCGGCUAUGCAAUUCCGUCAGUUGGUGCCUCAAAAGCUUCUCUUGAGCUUGGUCAAAUUCAAGGGAAGAGAGGAAUCUGGUUCUGUGGUUAUGGCCUCCAUGAGGAUGAAUUAAAGGCUGGCAUGGAUGCUGCACAUGGUUUCUUGGGAAAGAAGUCUUCUGUUCUGCACAGUCCAAAGAAUAUGGCACCGUCUUUCAUGGAAACAACGGCACGCCUCUUUGUUACUAAAUUCUUUCAACAAUAUAUAUCCGUGGGCUGCGUAAUUUUCUCAGAGGAAGGAGGCAAAAUUUUCACUUUCAAAGGAAACAUGGAAAAAUGUCCUCUUAAAACAGUCCUGAAAGUGCACAAUCCUCAGUUUUACUGGAGGAUUAUGAAAGAAGCUGAUAUAGGCCUUGCAGAUGCAUAUAUCAAUGGAGAUUUUUCUUUCGUCGAUGAAAAUGAUGGUCUUCUGAAUCUUUUCCGGAUACUCGUUGCCAACAAAGAGAAUUCAGCUACCUCAAAUAAAAGAAGGACUUGGUGGUCACCUGCACUGUUAACAGCUAGUAUAUCAUCGGUAAAGUAUUUCGUGAAGCAUCUCAUGAGACAAAAUACCAUUACGCAGGCUCGUAGGAACAUCGCUCGUCAUUAUGAUCUGAGCAACGAGCUUUUCACUCUAUACUUGGGUAAAAUGAUGCAAUACUCUUCUGGAGUUUUUAGGACGGGAGAAGAGCACUUGGACGUCGCACAGCGAAGAAAAAUCAGUUCCCUAAUUGAGAAAUCAAGGGUAGAGAAGUGGCAUGAAGUUCUCGAUAUCGGGUGCGGUUGGGGAAGCUUAGCUAUCGAAACUGUCAAAAGAACAGGAUGCAAAUACACUGGCAUCACUCUAUCAGAGCAGCAACUGAAAUAUGCUCAAGAAAAAGUGAAGGAAGCUGGACUUGAGGAUAAAAUCAAAAUACUUCUCUGCGACUAUCGCCAGUUACCUAAGCAACACCAAUUUGACAGAAUCAUAUCUGUAGAGAUGGUAGAACAUGUUGGUGAAGAAUACAUUGAGGAGUUUUACAGAUGCUGCGACCAAUUAUUGAAGGAAGACGGCCUUUUUGUUCUUCAGUUCAUAUCAAUUCCAGAGGAGCUUUCCAAGGAAAUUCAGCAAACAGCAGGUUUCCUAAAGGAAUAUAUCUUCCCUGGUGGAACCCUGCUUUCUUUGGACAGGAAUUUGACAGCCAUGGCUAAUGCAACAAGAUUCAGUGUGGAGCAUGUCGAAAACAUCGGAAUCAGUUAUUACCACACGUUGAGGUGGUGGCGAAAACUUUUCCUGGAAAACACAGGCAAAGUUCUGGCUCUGGGGUUCGACGACAAGUUCAUGCGGACAUGGGAAUACUAUUUCGAUUACUGUGCUGCUGGUUUCAAGACCGGAACCCUUAUAGAUUACCAGGUUGUAUUUUCGCGGGCCGGCAAUUUCGGUACACUCGGAGAUCCGUACAAAGGUUUCCCGUCAGCGUAUUCCUUCAAUGAUGAAUGAGCUUUGUGCUGAAUAUCGAUCCGGAAAUAAGCAGGCUCUAAUGACGAUCAUCGCAGACCGAUUCAACUGGCUGCUGCUACCAGUGUUUGGAACAACCUGUUUUCCCUAGUCCUUACUUGUGUUAAUGGUUAUGUUCAAUGCAAGAAUAAGCUAUAUAUAUAUAUAUAUAUAUAUAUAUGAAUAAUGUUUGUAUCUGGUAGACUGGUUGGAUGUUAUGUAUGAAGGUUUCACAACUUUUAAUGUUGCCUGGUUUCACCA